AGAUGAAGAGGAGGUGGGAGGGUCGACUUUGAGAUGACAUUGAGGCUGAGCAUGAGUUGCUGAUGUUCGUCUGCUGUUGCUCGCCCUCUUCUUCCUCCUCCCUCCCUCCUCUCCCUCCUGUCGUUGCGCGCCAACGCCGGACAUUUUCCCGCGCUUUGGACGCCGCGUUUUUAAUGGCAGUCGAAUGCGCUGAUUGGACUUUACGCCUGGCUCCUCACCGCGGACUCACGCACGUCUGCCGCAAGCUGCGCGUCCUCCUCCUCCUCCUCCUCCUCGCCCGCUGCACGUCCGCGGUGAACACCCACUGACCGCCACCGCACCUUCCACCCGGAGCCCGCCCCGACGGCUGCAGACAUGGCGACCGAUGGGACCAAAGCGGACGCGGUGGAAGCCAACGAGGCAAACGACCGACCCAAGUCCACGCACUUGCAGCCCGACAAGAAGAAGAAGGAGUUGCCGGCUCGAGAAACCUGGGGAGGGAAAUUUGACUUCCUGCUCUCGUGUGUGGGUUACGCCAUCGGACUUGGCAACGUGUGGAGGUUCCCGUACCUGUGCGGGAAAAAUGGCGGAGGAGCCUUCCUGAUUCCGUACUUUCUGACUCUUGUCUUCGCUGGGAUGCCCUUGUUCCUUCUGGAAUGUUCUCUGGGACAAUACACCUCCAUUGGGGGUCUCGGAGUCUGGAAACUGGCCCCUGUCUUCAAAGGUGUCGGCCUUGCAGCAGCCGUCCUUUCCUUCUGGCUGAACAUUUACUACAUUGUGAUUAUUUCCUGGGCCAUUUACUACCUGUACAACUCCUUCACUGCCGAACUUCCAUGGAGUUCUUGCAACAACCCGUGGAACACCGACAAGUGCUACACCAACUAUUCAAUCACAGACACCACUAACCUCACCAGUGCCGUGUUGGAGUUCUGGGAGCGCAACAUGCAUGAAAUGACCGACGGCUUGGAAAAACCAGGCCAGAUUCGAGUGCCGCUCGCAAUAACCUUGGCCAUCGCCUGGGUUCUGGUCUACUUCUGCAUCUGGAAAGGUGUGGGCUGGACGGGCAAGGUGGUGUACUUCUCGGCUACUUACCCUUACUUCAUGCUCUUCAUCCUCUUCAUCCGCGGAGUCACCCUCCCCGGUGCCAGAGAAGGCAUUCUCUUCUACAUCACGCCUGACUUUGAAAAACUGAAAGAAUCGGAGGUGUGGCUGGACGCAGCAACGCAGAUCUUUUUUUCCUACGGACUGGGAUUGGGCUCACUUAUAGCUCUCGGCAGCUACAACCCUUUCAAUAAUAACGUUUACAGGGACUCCAUCAUCGUGUGCUGCAUCAACUCCUGCACCAGCAUGUUUGCUGGCCUGGUCAUCUUCUCCAUCGUUGGCUUCAUGGCGCACGUGACCAAGAAGAAGAUUGCGGACGUAGCAGCUUCAGGUCCUGGUCUAGCGUUUCUGGCCUACCCAGAAGCCGUGACCCAGUUGCCCGUGUCUCCACUGUGGGCCAUUCUCUUCUUCUCCAUGCUCCUCAUGCUGGGGAUCGACAGCCAGUUCUGCACGGUCGAGGGCUUCAUCACUGCUCUCGUGGAUGAGUUCCCCAGAGUGCUUCGCGGCAGACGAGAGAUCUUCAUCGCCGUGGUCUGCCUGAUCUCUUACGUGAUAGGACUUUCCAACAUCACGCAGGGUGGGAUCUACGUCUUCAAACUGUUCGACUACUACUCCGCAAGUGGAAUGUGUUUGCUCUUCCUGGUCUUCUUCGAAUGCAUCUCCAUAUCUUGGUGCUACGGUGUGAACAAGUUCUACGACAACAUCGAGGAGAUGAUCGGCUACAAGCCUUGCCUGUGGUGGAAGUUGUGCUGGGUGUUGUUCACCCCCCUCAUCGUCGGUGGUGUGUUCUUGUUCAGCGCCAUACAAAUGGUUCCUCUCACCAUGGGAGACUACGUGUUCCCAGGCUGGGGUCAAGGAGUGGGCUGGCUUAUGGCAUUGUCCUCCAUGGUUCUCAUACCCGGAUACAUGAUCUACAUGUACUUUGGACUCAAGGGCACCUACAAAGAGCGACUGAGGAUAAUGUUCCAGCCACCCGCAGUCGCCAGGCGGCCGCAGGAGAACGGUCCUGAGCAGCUGGUGGAAACCAACGCUGCCAACCUUUCCAGCCCUGCCAAUCCAGCUCCUGCCAACCUCGCCAGUCCAAGCAGUCCGACUGCAGUCAACGUAACAAGCACUGUAGCGCCGGCAAAACCCACUCAGACGCCUGCCGAGCCCGCCGCUGCAGCUGCUAGCCCUUUGAACCCGGCAACAAGUCCCACAAUCGUGACCACCAUCACUACCGCCGCCACCACCACUGCCACCACUGCCAGCCCAGCCACUGCUACGGCCAUCCCUGCCGUCCCCACCCCAACAACAGUCAGCCCGACCAGUCCUCCGCCAAACCCAGCUAACCCGACGGAGCCAGUUAACCCAGGGACUGUGACCGUUAACCUGACCAAUGCCGAGGCCAACUUGUAGACAACCAAGAACCCCUCAUGGAGCAUGUAGACAAAAGAGAACAUUAAAAGGACUUCCAAGAUUUGAAUUGAUUCACCUACCUCCGAGGGCAAUAUGUGAUCCAAACACAUUUCAUUUUCCUGCCGACGAUGUCUCGUUGUUGCUUUGCAUUCCAAAAAGACUGUUAGUGUCCGUACAUCUGAUCUAAAAAAGCUGUAAAGAUACUGUGUCAUACUGUGAGAAAAAGAAAAAAACUACUUAGACUAGAGAUCUGUUGAAUAUCUUCAUGAAUCCAGUGUUUGAAUAUAGUAGAAGAAGAAAAGUGGGCGGUCUGAGGGUGGAUGUUUACUAGACCUCACACUUGUCUCCCUCCCACAACGCUGCCCUCUGGGAGACCACCACGGAGGUCGGGGCGCAGGACCGGGAGCUCCUGAGAAGCACAAAGCCAAGAAGAAGUCCAUGUUUAGUCGGACGGAGGACUUCGGUCCUGUCUGCUGGGACGGAGACUCUUUUUUUUUUUUUUCUUCCUUCCUUUUGCAGUAAAAAGAAAACUUUGCGUGAUGGAAACAUUUGUAGAAUUCUUUUUAGGACGUUUUAUACUCUCUUCUUGAUAUGAUGGGACCAAAAUCACUAGGCAGACAAAGCAAAAAACAAAACUUGGUUGGCAGAAGCACAGCAGAGUAGCACGAAGUAGUAACCAAGCACAGGGUUCGAUCCAGUCCGACAUCCACUCAGUCCUGUUUACGUCCCGCAUGCUCCCCUCAGGAACAUCGGCGGAAAAAGUCUGAGACUCCGGACAAAAAAAUGGAACGGCCUUAAGCCAAAAGAGAAAUUUCAAGCUUUGUACAUGACUGGCAACACAAAACACCAACAACUGGCAACAAAAACACUGACAACUCUGUCUUUUUGUACGUGAAAGGAUCAACCCUCUCUUGAUCAACACGUAUUGAUGACUAUGUAUCGAUCAAUCCUAGCUUGAUAAACACAUAUUGGUGAAUAUGUAUCGAUCAAUCCCAGCUUGAUCGACACGUACUGAUGAACACUUGUUGAUGAAUACGUAUUGAUCAAUCCUCGCUUGAUCGAUACGUAUUGAGGAAUAGGUAUCGAUCGAUCCCAGCCUCAUCAACACGUAUUGAUGAACACAUAUUGAGGAAUACGAGUUGAUCAGCGUAUCGAUGAAUAUGUAUUGAUCAACCAUCGGUUGAUGAACACGUUUUGAUCGACCCUAGAUUGAUGCAUACGUAUUGAUAAACCCGAAAUUGAUGGAUACGUGUUGAUCAAUCCUAGAUUGAUAUAUACGUAUUGA